AUGGCGUCCAUAGAGUCACUACUGAAUCCACUUCCUGAUGUGGUUCAGUUCUCUCUCCCCAGCUCUCCGCUGACGAGCUCCGACCCGGCUCCCUGCAGAGCGCCACGUCAGAAGAAACCAAGAAUCGCGAAGGAUGCUCCUGUCUUCAACAGGAAUAAGAUCCGGGGAGAGCUGCGGUAUCCGCCCUGCGAGGAGUGCGACGAAGCACUAGCCCAAGUGCACCGCGAAUUCCAACUUCACCCGAUGGGGGACAUCGCAAAAUAUCCGAGGCACAUACCAUACAACAGCGACAAGAAGACAUUCCAGGAGAAGACUGGACGGGAGAGCUUUGAAGUAUUCCAGUACACGUUCAAGAUCCCCGGAGAAGACAAGCAAUGGACAGUAACAUGGGACUACAAUAUCGGACUCGUUCGGACAACACAUCUCUUUAAGUGCCAGCUAUACUCCAAGACCACUCCUGCCAAAGUACUGAACGCAAAUCCCGGUCUUCGCGACAUCUGUCACAGUAUCACAGGCGGGGCCAUUGCAGCACAAGGAUACUGGAUGCCCUUCGAAACCGCAAAAGCCGUCGCCGCAACCUUUUGCUGGAAUAUCCGCCACGUCCUCACUCCCCUCUUCGGCCUGGACUUCCCAUCUCAGUGCAUCCCCCCAGACAACCUGGAUCUCUACGGCCGCAUGCUCAUAGACCCGGAAAUCGUCCAGAAAGCCACAGACACCGCCAACUUCUACCGGAUUCUAGAGCUCCGCUCCCCUGCCAUCGCCCCUUUCCGCCCCAUCUUGCACCGUCCCAAGCCAUGGCCCCGUGAGCCCGAUCGCUCCGCCAGUCAGGGUUCAUCAGAAUACGGCACUCCGGAAAUAUAUUGUGUCUCACCGACCAGCUCAGUCUACAACACAUUCACCCCCGUAAACACCCCCCGCACCGAACCGGCCAGCUCGGUCGUCCCCUCGCCACGAGAAACCCUAUCUUCCCUCCCUCCCAAACCCAACGAUGAAGACGCAAGUUCCAACAGGACACCUUCCUCAACCCCCUCCUCAGGAAGCAUGAAAACACCAACGGACUGCUCCUCCGACUCCGACUCCGAAUACCGCGACAGCGAUGAUGACAACAUACUGCCGCCAAACGACAAAUACAACGUGGAAACGCGCUCCCGGCAAAAGUACAGAUCCGCGCUCUUCUCCCGUGAGGUGAAAGCGGCGCAUACCCUACUUAGUCUGUACAUGCAGCCGGUGAACGAGGAUUAUGUCUGGGUGAAGCAGGGCAGGAAGAGACGCCGGGCGUCUGCUUAG